CAGUGUCUGUGCAUCCUCUGUUAAUACUACUGCGAGUACUGUUGGUAGUACUGCGAGUCGUGCUAGCACUUGUUAUUAUUGUGGUCGAGUUGUGUACUGAGUUUGUGGACGAGCAUGUCGAGUCGCGAAAGAUUUGUUCGUGAAGUUGACGGGAACGACAGUAUAAUGGCUCAACAGAAGAACUUGGAGGGCUACGUAGGUUUUGCAAAUCUACCCAACCAGGUUUAUCGAAAAUCUGUGAAGAGAGGAUUUGAGUUCACUCUCAUGGUUGUGGGAGAAUCUGGGCUGGGGAAGUCCACACUCAUCAACUCCCUCUUCCUGACAGACCUGUACUCCAGUGAAUACCCAGGUCCCUCUCACAGAAUCAAAAAAACUGUACAGGUGGAGCAGUCCAAGGUUCUGGUGAAGGAAGGAGGAGUCCAGCUUCUGCUCACCAUUGUUGACACCCCGGGUUUCGGUGAUGCUGUUGACAACAGUAACUGCUGGCAACCUGUGAUUGAGCACAUCGACAGUAAAUUUGAAGAUUACCUGAACGCAGAGUCACGGGUCAACAGACGUCAGAUGCCUGACAGCAGAGUGCACUGCUGCCUGUAUUUCAUUGCCCCCUCUGGACAUGGACUGAAGCCCCUUGACAUUGAGUUCAUGAAACGGCUCCAUGAAAAGGUAAACAUCAUCCCCCUGAUCGCCAAAGCUGACACUAUGACUCCUGAAGAGUGCCAGCAGUUUAAGAAGCAGAUCAUGAGAGAAAUCCAGGAGCAUAAAAUCAAAAUCUAUGACUUCCCGGAGACUGACGAUGAAGAUGAAAUGAAGCUCGUCAGGAAAAUCAAGGACCGCUUACCGCUGGCUGUCGUCGGUAGCAACACCAUUAUUGAGGUCAACGGAAAACGAGUGCGUGGGAGGCAGUAUCCGUGGGGUGUCGCUGAAGUGGAGAACAGUGAGCACUGUGAUUUUAUGAUCCUCCGGAACAUGCUGAUCCGCACUCACAUGCAGGACCUCAAAGAUGUAACGAACAACGUUCAUUAUGAAAAUUACCGCAGCAGGAAACUAGCUGCAGUCACCUACAACACCAGUGACAACAAUAAGAACAAGGGACAGUUGACCAAACCGGACACAGGUGACAGCAUGUAAGUGUGACUUCACAGCUUUUUG